CCCUCAGCGGCCGGAAGCGGUGCCGGCGGCACAAGAUGGCGGCGCAGCGGCGGGGCCGGGCGGGCGGUGUCGCGGCGGAGCCGCCGCUGGGGCGCUCGGACUCGGAGCUGCUGCUGCACCCGGAGCUGCUCUCGGAGGAGUUCCUGCUGCUCACCCUCGAGCAGAAGAAUAUCCUAGUCAAAAAUGAUGUAAAGAUGGACAAAGACGGCCUCACUGAUCUCUACAUUCAACAUGCCAUUCCCUUGCCUCAGCGUGACUUACCCAAAAGUAGAUGGGGGAAAAUGAUGGAAAAGAAAAGACAGCAAAAUGAACUGAAAAGUGAAAAUAAAAGUGUUACAGCGGUGGAAGGAUUGAGGAAACGGCCUUUAAUUGUAUUUGAUGGCAGUUCAACAAGCACAAGCAUAAAAGUGAAGAAGACCGAGAAUGGAGCUACUGAUCGCCUAAAACCUCCCCCAGCUGGAAGCACCACCAAUACCGUUAGGAGAUUAUCAGCUUCUUCAAAUGCCUCAUCAUACAUUUCAGCCUCCAGUUUAUCAGAGGACGCUAAGCUGGAAGUGAGGAAUAGUGAGGCUAAGCAGAACAAUAUUUCAAAGACUAAUAGCAGUGUAUUGGCUAGUCUGAAGGCGUACCCUUUGACUCCAGUAGCAGGAACUACUGUUGUGAAGUUAAAGAGAUCUGUUCCGAAAGAAGACUCUGAUUUGCCGAAUGACCUAAAGCCUACGGAAGCAAAAAAGAAAAUCCAGCAUGUUACAUGGCCAUGAAGUAGCUAGCGGUGCUCAAAACAUAAAUGUUACUUCCAUGUUUUCAAACAGAUAAGUCAUAUUUGAACAGUUUAGGUACUCUUCUUUUUAAACCUUACAGGGAUUCAGAUUGCUGUGAAGUUUUAACAAGUGUAAAGGUUCCCUGUUGUAAAUCUGGAGUCAUUAUCACCAGUCACCUUAAGAGUGUCUACUAUUGUACACCAAGCAGUUUAUUCCCUCUUUAAAAGGUGGUAAUAUUACGUUAUACUAAACCCUCCACUUUUAGUUUACAAGACUAUUAUAGUUCAUCUCCUGUGUGUCCUUACAAAUCACAUGCAUAAGUAUUCUUGAUUUGUUUUCAGUAAGAUUCAGUUCUGUUCCACUUCUGGUUAAAUAGCUAAAAUAGUUAUUGAUAUUCAGAGUGAUCCCAGGAGCCUACUUGGCUUAAAAAAGGUUACUAAUUUAGAUGAGAAAACUGACCUUUCUGCUGAUAAGUUAUUCUGAGGCACUUUUUUUUUUUUUCCUUUUUGUCGCACAGAACACGAGUGUAGAAUUUACGGGGCAGGUUAAGUUGGUAAUAAGAGAUGAACUAUUUAACAGCAUUACUUCAAAUUGAAGUUUCUCUUAUUGACUUAUGAAAUAAGAAAUGCACAGACGGAAGUACGUUAUUACGCUGUCUGAUACGAAUCUUUGAGAGGAAGUAGUGAAUGGAUUAGUGCCAUGUUCUCUAGUAUGCACAGGCAUAUUUUGUACACAUGUAAGUGUAAAAAUGUGCCGAUAUAGCAAAUUUGCUUGUUUUCCUGGUUAUAAUCAUGCUCAUAAAAUAUGGGGAAAACCUGUGGAAUGCAGGCCAGUGCUUUCUCAACUUACAAACAGUUGGAGAGGGAAAGGGUCAGGAAGACAAAGUACCACCUUGAGAGCAUUAGUGUAUGUGGUUGCACUCUUAAAAAAUACGUAUUUUAUUCUCUUCCCUUAUGAUCAUUUAAGGUGGAUGUUGGUUUUCUGUGAAACUUGAGGUUUCAUCUGGAUUAUUGGUAGUGCCUUAUAAGGCAGGCAUCCAGUUAAGUUGAUGGCAACUUUUUUAUUAAAUCUCAGUGGCUCAGGAUGAAGCCUGAUCCAUUUUAGAUAUGAAUGGUAAAAAACAAUAAUACUUCCAGACUUAGUAAAACAAAAACAAAAAAUCUACUUCUGAAUCCACUUAGUUAACUGACUAAAAGAAGCUGUCAGUAGUGGUCUGAAGGCUUGUUUACAUUUUUUUAAUUGGUUAGUAUUGAAACCAAAAAUUGUAGCUUAAUUCAUUACUGACAGUUGUCCAUUCACUGUUGUGACAUAAAAGGCACUUCUUGAAUGCUGUAAAAUGGUAAGAAUGUGUGUUUUGAAAUAUGGCGUGCUGUUUCCCUUUUACUAAACACUUGUGCAGUUUUUGUACUUGAGUACAGCAAACUUUAACGUAAUGUACAUUUUGUAUGUAAAGAGUUGUCUUUUAAGUAGCCUUAUCCUAUUUAAAUAAAUUCAAUUAAAAGCAAACCAAGUAGUUCCGACUUGUUUUUAUGAUGUAAUUAGACCAGGCCAUUUUAUGCAGUUAUAUUUCAGUGGAAUUCAAGUGACUAGAACUUAAGAAAUACUUACAGGGUAGAAGGCUCCGUGGCUACUUUGGAGUUUUAGCAGCAGUUGGUACCAUGUGAAGUGCUGCUCCUUGCACUAGUGUAACCAGUAGGAGUUCUGUUUUGUGGGUGGCUUCUUGGCAGUGGUUUAGAGCCGAGGUUUUAUUUUGUUGUAGUUCCAGUUGCUGGAAGAGUGUGUGUGUGUUGGUAUUGUUAAGGAGUGCUUUGCAGAGGUGUACUGGAAUGACAGCCUGAUGCUGCCGUUGCGUGGUAAGAGUCUUGUUUUAAGGCCGAUACGCUUUCCAGCUUUGCCAUAUUUCACCUACCUUUCCCCAAAGCUGGGACCAUUCUACUUUCUGCUGUAACCUUUUUUGUAGGGUGCAAGCCAUGCUCUUCUUACUACCCUAUGCUGCUCCUUCAGAUAGCAGCAGUAUUUCUCUCAGCAAAGUACACAAGCAGAGCUGCAGUGUGGUGGAAGACUGGCAGAACCCCAGAGGAGGCUAAAUGAGGUGGGCGCUCUCCGGCUUUGGGAGGUGUGGAUGUCGGGAGAUUUUUAUGGAUGUUCUUGACUGCAGCCUUCAUCACAGAAUGAAGUCACUACAGGAUAGAUUUUAAUUAUCUAGUGGGAUCAGAUUACCAGGGUGUGCACUUCAGAAAUAUCAGACAGCCAGGUUCUUCCAACUGUACAGUAAAACAAGUGUGAUCCAAUGCAGCUGUGUAGUUUGUUGAAGUAAUGAGAGAGGAAUGACCUGUGACUACUGUACCCUUGGUACUAAAAAAGGACGAAUUUGAGAAUGGUGGCAUGAACUAGGAGCGAAGUUACCUUCCCCAGUUACACACAGAGCAAGUACACUCCUAAUUCUGCAUUUCACAUUUGAAGAUGACUGAAUCACAGAAUGGUUUGUGUUGGAAGGGACCUUGCAGACCAUCCAGUUCCACCCCCUGCCAUGGGCAGGGACACCUCCCACCAGACCAGGCUGCCCAAAGCCCCAUCCAGCCUGGCCUUGAACACCUCCAGGGAUGGGGCAUCCACAGCUUCUCUGGGCAGCCUGUGCCAGGGCCUCACCACCCUCACAGUAAAGAAAGAUUCCCAUUGGAAAAGGGAUGUUACUUUCCUCCUCUUCCAUGAUACAAGCAAAUUCCAUGGGGAAGGUUUACUGGGUUUGUGCAUUGCGUAACAUGGCCACAUUGUGUUUUGGGAAGAUGGUUGUCAUCCCGUGGAUUGUGUCAUCUUAGUUUUAUUGCCUUUGUAGCAAACAUGUAGCAGAAAUGAUGCUAGAGAAAAGGGUAUUACAAAUUGCAAUACGUAAUAAAAUUAAAGCAUGCCCCAGUCAGAAGAUAAACUUCUGACUUUUUGCAAAGAUAAAUGUUUGAAUUUUUUUAAGCGUGGUUGCUGGAAAGAAUACUUUGGUUUUGAGUUCAGAGCCUAUGAACACACUUUUAUCAGCUGCAAUCAAAUCGGUAUUUUCGCAUAGUUUGGUUUUGCUGAUAACUUUCCCCGUGACUGCAGUUAGUAGAAGACUGCUGUAUCAGCAGGGCUUGUACAGGGAUUGUUUAAACUCCACGAUUUCAUAGUGACUUGGGCAUGCAAAAAGGAUUGUGUCUGUGUGGCUCUUCCAUUCUGUUUCUUAAGACUGUGAAAGCAUUUUAUUUGUAAAUAUCUGGUGUGUAAAUGCAGUUAAACCAUGAUAACAAUUUUGUUUUAAAUGACUUUAUUUUGAAAAAUACAAUGUGCAGUGUAAUGUCGACUAAAUGUAAUACUGACACUGUCAAUCAGAGCUUGUACUUCACACGAUGAUCAGCUAGUCAUGCAAUAAAAUAUCUAUGUUAUGAAGCACUCCCACUUCAACUGUUUUAUCGUUAUCUCUUUAUGACAUUGCACAAAUCCUUGUACAUUAACACACCCUCUACGCCUGUAGUCUUCCUACAUACUUGACAGCACACACUAGUCACAUAGCUCAAGAACACUGAGGUGAGACCACAGCCUUAUUGAAAUUGAGUGGUGGUUGCCAUUAAUUUCAGCAGGCUGGGGGCUUCACCCUGAAUACCCAUCUAUGAAUUUAUUGCAUGUGGCCAUUGUAAUCACUGAACUGUAUCACUUGCUCGUAACUUAACUCAGAUGCUUAAACUGGAAUAUUUAAUGGGAAAAAAAAAGUGUAUUAUGUCAGUAACACCCACAUGGUUUUAUAUCUCAGGUUUUGCAUUAGUUUUAGUUAGCUACAGAAAUCUUAAACACCAUCACUGCUACUAGAGAUUCUGAAGUUGUUUUCCCUCUGUACUUGGAGAGUUUGAAUAGGAAGGUUACGUGAUGUUAAUAGUAUAGCGCAACACGGAAGGGCAAAGCUAGUUCCAAACAUCUGUGUGUUUCAGGCUAUAAAUUGCAAGCGCGGCUUUCUGCCUCUCUUCCCUGCCUCUUAUUUUGAGCUUUAAAUAUCCUUUCCACAUUCAGGGCAAAGGAUGUCAUCCCUUUCUGUUAGGAAGCCGCGGCCCACUAACGAGAGAGAACACUUCUUACAGUUAAAGCAAUCAUUAUGCCACUGCCGCUCUUCAAACGAGAUGUACUUGGUUCCUCCGAGACCUGUUUGGAAACCAAAAGCAUUCUGUUACAGGGGAAGAAUAGCGCAUUAGCCAUUAAGUGAUGCUAUUUCAGACUCCACUUCUGGGUAGCUGUGGACAUCUGACAUAUAGGAGUGAAAAAUGCCAUUAUGCUGAACCUAUUUCUGUUUGUUGCUGUGCUAAUUUUGUCACCCUUGCUCUGGAACAAGUAGGAUUUUCAUCCUUAAGCAGUUCUGUUGCUUUCAGCUGAGUUAGUGAGCUAGACUCUUGGUGUGGUUAUGGAUGGUGGCAGAAAUGAACUUUCAAGGGAUAGCUCAGCCCUUAGCUGACAGCAGGAUGGCACUACAAUGCACAGCAGAAGAAAAGCAACUGCAUCUGAACUACAGAAAUCUGGCGGUUAUUUACACAACAUUUGUGAUGUCUGGGUAAGUUAAUCUUGUUUUGUGAAAAUGCAUUAAGUUCUUUAGAAAAUAAGUCUUGACAGGCUACGUAAUGAGUUGAUUCACAGAUUUCAGGGAGGGUGCCUCAAGCAAAGAAGGUUAGCAAAUGACAAAAAACAUUCAAAAGUGUGAGGCUGCGGAGGUUGUCAUAGGGAGUAUAGAAGUU